AUGGUUUUAGAAAGAUCUCAAGAACUAGAGAGCAAAAAUGAAACGGAUUUGACAGUGAGAGCUUUGACAACUGUAAGCAACGGUUUUGCUUUUUCUUGCCGCCCUGGACUCGUACAUUUUUUCGAAAAAAUAUCAAGUCAUAAAUACAAGAAGAGAAACAUAUACGAAAUAACGGAUAAAGAUUUUCGGAAAGUUCAAACCGACUUUAUAAGUUCCGUUCUUCAUAUAGCCAUCAAUAAGACUGAAACCAAAUUGAUGGCGACAACUCGACGUAGCCAACUUUACGAUGUGAAACUAUGGGGACCAGAAAUGGAUAUUGCAGGGAAAGUACCUUUCCGACACUUUGGUAUAUCGUUUCAUACCGGACCGAUCGGAGAUUUGGCCUUGUGCUAUUGGAAACCGAUUUUUAUGACUUUCGGUACGCUAGACAGAACGGUAAGAAUAUGGAACUAUUUGAAACAUGAGAAUGAAAUGACAAACAAUACCAAGAAGAUGUUCACAGCAUAUCGUUACAUCCCACGGGUAAUUGCUCGAUCGAUUAAUCUGAAUUUGAACAACAUAAAAAACAUUGUUUUAUCGCGAUCCAAUUUGAUGAUGUUCGUUUCUGCUGGAACGGGAACGGUUGCAUCAGUGAAAUUUCCUAUUGAGGAACCUCCCGAAAUUAUUCUUCAAAAACUUCACAGUUCGGCUGUGACGCAGAUGGAAUUAAGUCUUGAAGACACCACAUUCAUAAGUUGUUCUCAAUAUGGAGCUAUUUGCAUAUGGGACGUGACCAAUGCAGAAGAUAAAACCAUAGUACUCGACAAAAAUUUUACGUAUUUCAAUGAAAUUCUCAUAAGUAAGACUGAUUUAGAAGAGAAACUUAGUUCCAUUCGAGAUCUCACUCAAAGAACGUACGAAUUGGAAAUGGAGCAUGCAUAUCAAUUGCGUCAUACGGAAACCGUUUACAACGAAAAGGUGAAAGACAUCCAAGACACUUACACUCAAGCUAUAGAAGAGCUCAAGGAAUCUCUCGAAAUACUCGAAACCAAUCAUACAACGGAAUUGUAUAACAUCAGUUCGGAUGUCAACAUAAUAAAAGAAAAACACGAAGCGGAAAUGCUUGAAUUGGAAGCAAAAUAUAAUUCCGAAUUAAUACAAGAAUACGACAAAGUAUUGAAAUUGGAGGAAACGAAAAUAGUUUUGACCAAAGAUUACGAAGAUAAAUUAAAAGUUUUAAAAGAAAGUAAAGAAACCAUAAUAAGCGAUCUGAAAAGAGUCUACGAAUCAAAAUUGUAUAACUUGAACAAAAUGGUUGAAGAGGCCCGUGAUGAUAUAAAUAAAGAACUAAAAGAACACGAAACAAUUAGAGAUCAAAUAGAAGAUGAUAACGAUCGCGAAAUAGAAACGAUUAAAGGGGAAUACGAGAAAAUGUUAAAAGGAGCCAGAGAAUCAAACAUCAGACUGAAAGGAGAAACGGGGGUUUUAAAAAAAAAAAUCAUAAGUUCUCAAAAGGAAACGGAAAUUAUUCAAAUGGAAAUACUUUACGUGACCACCGAUCAAAAUAAAUUGAAACAAAAUAUAAUUGCGCUUGAGAAAGAAAUAUCGGAAUUGAAAAAAGAAAUUAACGAAAGAGAUCUAAGGAUACAAGAUAAAGAAAAAAGAAUAUACGAUUUAAAAAGAAAAGAUCAAGAGUAUGAAAGGUAUAAAUACGUUUUGAAUUAUAGGAUAAAAGAGUUGAAGAAUCAAAUCGAACCAAGAGAUAAAGAGAUAAAAGAAAAAAAAGAGCAAAUAUCCGAGAUGGAGCUCGAACUCGACGAACUUCAAAAAGUGAAUCUUAAACUGGAUGAUGAUUUGACCGGUUUAAGGGAUAAACUAAAUAGCAUUUACAAACUCCUUCAUGUUUAUAAAAGUAAAUAUAAUAAUUCGUUAAUGGUUAUAAAACGGCUGAAAACGGAUAUUUACGAAAUUUCCGCAUGCGUUCAAGACUACAAAGAUUUGAAAGACGGAACAAAAAAACUUUAUUUCAAAUAUAUAACAGAAAAAGAUUUUAAAAAAGCUCGUUUGGGUGAUCAAGAGUGCAUUUUUGAACUACAACGGCAAAAAAAUUACCUGCAAGAUAUUGUGACGUCUCUAGAAAAAGAGCUCAAAGUUAGCAAAUAUGUGAACUACGGAGAAGGAAUGAAUUACAUGGAAAUGAAUUGGAGUUUAAUGGAUGAGAUUUAUAAAAUUAGGAAAAAAUUGAAAUUCGUUCAAACUAGAGUUCAAGACAUGGAAACACUAAUAUUUGUAAAACUCAAUAAAACUUAUUCUCCGAGACAAGUGCAAAAAAUAAUAAAAUCGGCAUUAGAACCUCCAGAAGACGUUCAAGAAAAAUGUCACAUUAACAUGGAAAAUGCAUUGAAAAAAGCAAUUCUAGUCAAAGAAGAAGUGGAUUUGUUGACAAAGAAAGUUAAAAACAUUCAGAAAGCGAUUUUUUCAGAGGCUGCGCCUUUGAAAAAAAGAAAAAUGAGAUUCGAAAUUUAG